CUGAAUAUAUUUUUCCAGGCGUUCCUUAUCGCUUGCAAGCACUUCUUCAGCUUCUUACCGGAUGGAGACAAACAAUGUGAAGAAAUUGCCAACAAAGUCAUCAAGCCAAUCAAGGAAGCCCUUGAACAAGGUGUUACAUCAGAAGAUGUUUGGUCAGGAAUGUGCUGCGCAACACUUCUAACACCAUCUUCAAAUGAGAAGGGCUGCGGAUUGCCGGCGAUAAGCGUGAAUUCGUUUUGGAAGCAUCAACAGGCAUUUUAUGAGAACGCAGAGUGUAUGGCAUGGAGAGGGGAGAUGGCCAUCAAAAUCAUGAAACGAAGCUCCAAGACUCUCAGCGACAAGAACCACGAUGCCAUGUGGUGCAAUGACAAUGGUGGUGUGGACGUAUUGUUUGAGCCUCCGGGAUCGAUAUGUAUAGCUUCAUCAGCGGCUGAUGUAAUCCUUCCAAGGAGUCCUCUUUGCAAAUACCUAAAUGCCCUACCAUUGUGGAGUUGCACAACAAGUGAUCGAUUGCCGACUGACAUACCGAUGCUCCGUUUACUUGUGGCUUCCACUCUGCUCUGCGCGUUCGCCAUUGCCCUUCCAUCAGAUAUCACCCGUGACAUUGUUUCUCAUGACUCCGAAGAAAUUGGUCCACUUGAAUCUCUUCCACCACUGAGUGCCGAUACUGUCUUCUGUGCAGCAUGCAGAGGAGCUGUUAAAUUCAUCGCAUCAAUACUGGAUCAAGGUACUCUGAAGAUUGAAGAGGCAUUCGUCAACCAAUGCGUGAAAUUCUUGGACUUCAUGCCAUUCCCUACCGUACAGUGCAGAUUUAUUGCAAAGUUGAAACUCGGACCAAUUAAGAAAUCGCUUGAAGCUGGUGAUACUCCUGAAAUGGUAUGCAAGAAGAUGUAUAUCUGCUAA